GAGGACAAAUCAAUGUGAACAGUCAAAGUUUGUGUAAGGGAUCAGAGCCUCUCUGCUAUGGCUCCGACACAGCUUUGGCCUGUGCUGGCUAUCCUGCUGUUGACCUUACCUGCACUGCCUCAUGCACAGCUCUUUAACUGGCUUGGCUGGGGUGCAAAGCCAACAAUUCCUGCUGAACAACUGAAGACAACCAUCGAGCCUGCAGUUGUGGCUACUACUGCAGCACCUCAUUCCUCUGAUUCAUUAUCUCCCGAAGGAAGCAGCCUUCCUAAAGCAAGGACAAUUGUAGGCAAGGAGACCUCUUCUACAGUAAGGGAUGAAAAGGACAUCACAAUUGCAACGUCUCCAUCUUCAGAGCCUGCAGCUACAACAUCUUCAUCUGCAGCUGCGUCUUCUCCAUCUAACCAGACUUCUAUCCCAGCCGCUUCAACAACAAAUUCAAGCACAUCAACCACACAGAAACAGCUUGCUGGCACUGUGACUACAGCAGCCUCUUUGAACGAUCAGCUGCAAAUUCCAGAAUCUCCUGCGACUGUUAAAAAGCCUCCAGAAAAUCAGAUUUUCAAUAUUUUUCAGAUUCAUGAAGGGGGGCUAAACAGUGGUUCUGAUGUUCAGCAUGCAACACCUACAUCAAAUGAUGUAUCCACCUCUCUGCCUGAGGCCUCAACCACUCAGAAGACUAAAGAUAAAAAUAUUGCAGGCGUGGGUGCUGAGAUCUUAAAUGUUGCUGAAAAUAUUCGAGAUUUCAUGAAUGUUUGGGAAGAGAAAGAUAAGGACUUGCUACCUUCUACUGACCAACCACCUGCUGAACAAGAGUUAGGGGAGUUAAUCAAUGUAACCCUUCAUGCAAAUCAAAGUGGCAACCUAAGUCAGUAUGGCAUGGGGCAGGACAACAGCAGCAACACCACAGAAAAAUAUACACAUAGCCCAUUAGCCCUUUCCAAUAACCAGACCCUAAACGUCACCCAGGUGCCUUCAAGAAAUGUUACAUCUGCUCAACCAGAACGGGUGAAUGUAGAAGUUGGCCUCCUGCAGCUCAUUGGAGAUCCACCACCAGAACAGAUCACCAAAAUCUUUGGCCCUGACAAGACCCCUGGCUAUGUAUUUGGAGAAGAUGCCAACACAGGACAGGUGGCACAGUACCACCUUCCAAGCCCCAUGUUUAGGGACUUUUCUAUUCUGUUCCACAUACAGCCUACCACUAAAAAGGCUGGAAUGCUGUUCUCCAUCACUGAUGCUUCACAGUCUAUUGUGUACGUUGGGGUGAAGCUAUCGGAAGUCAAAGAUGGCAAGCAACAGAUCAUUUUUUUCUACACCGAGCCUGGAUCAGCAGUGUCCUACCCUGCUGCCACCUUCACUGUCCCAGCAAUGACGAACCAAUGGACGCGCUUUGCUCUCAGUGUGGAAGAAGAGGAGGUUACCCUGUUCAUGGAGUGUAAUGAACUGAAGAGAGUCCGUUUUGAAAGGUCACCUGAUGAGAUGGAGUUGGAGGAUGGAUCUGGGCUUUUCGUGGCUCAGGCUGGAGGGGCUGAUCCCGACCGCUAUCAGGGUGUAAUAGCAGAGUUAAAAGUCAAGAGUGACCCGAGAGCUGCAGAACUUCAAUGUGAAGAGGAAGGAGAUGAUUCUGAUGGGGCAUCUGGAGACUUUGGCAGUGGCCUUCCAGAAGAGGAAGAAGUUGAGGUGACUCGACCUCCAGCAGUAUUAGAACUAGUUCCUAUCACAGUGCCCCCCAUACAGAGGCCAUCUGUGUGGGUCACAGCCAAAAUCAUUGAAGCUCUUGUUACAGGCAAACCGGGACAGAAAGGUGAGAAAGGAGACAGAGGUGAGCGCGGCGAGAAGGGCAACAUAGGUCAAGCUGGGUCUAAAGGAGAUUCUGGUACCAGUACAAGUGGGGGCCUUGCCUCUAAAGGUGAUAAGGGCCAGAAAGGAGAGCUUGGAGUCAAGGGUGGUGCUGGCUUUGGUUAUCCUGGUCCAAAGGGACAGAAAGGAGAACUUGGAUUACCUGGCCCACCAGGACCAUCUGGAUCCUCCGGGCCUUCCGUUGUGCAGAAAGCUGAUGGCACUACCGUGCAGCAGAUCACAGGGCCACAAGGCCCCCCAGGUCCUCAAGGGCCCCCAGGAAAAGAAGGAGAGCCUGGGGAAGUUGGACCUCAGGGAUUCCCAGGAACUCCAGGUGAUCCAGGGCAGAAAGGAGACAAGGGUGAUCCUGGUGUUGGAAGUAGAGGAGCUCCAGGCCCAGCUGGACCCCCAGGCCCACCUGGCCCAGCUUCCAAAAUGGAUAAAUUGACAUUCAUUGAUAUGGAGGGUUCUGGCUAUGGCCCAGAUUUGGAAAACUUUAGGGGACCACCUGGUAUACCUGGCUCACCUGGCCCUCCUGGAGUACCUGGAUUACCAGGGGUACCAGGAACCUUUGGUGGAAACAAUACUGUAGUCCCAGGACCCCCUGGUCUACCUGGUCGGGCUGGACAAGACGGAAUACCUGGACCCCCUGGGCCUCCGGGUCCUUCUGGAAAAGAUGGAAUCCAGGGCCCCCCUGGAAUUUCUGGAGAGAGGGGUACUGAUGGUGAUAUCGGACUUCCAGGAGCUCCUGGAACCAAAGGAGGUACUGGGGAACCUGGCAUUCCUGGAACUCCUGGAGAAACUGGAUUAGCUGGACUUCCCGGACCAAUUGGACCCCGUGGAGUGCCUGGACCUCCGGGACCACCUGGCCCUUCUGGACGUGGAACUGCUGAUGGAUUUGAUGACAUGGAAGGUUCAGGGAUUGGUUUUGGUGGCCGAGGCAUACAGGGAAGGCCUGGAGUUCCUGGAGAGAAGGGAGAUGCAGGAUAUCCAGGACUUCCAGGACCAAAGGGUGAUCGAGGAAUUGCUGGUUUGGAUGGAAGACCCGGAUUGGACGGAUUCCCAGGCCCUCAGGGUCAAAGGGGAGACAAAGGUGAUCAAGGAGAACGGGGAGAACCAGGCCGUGAUGGAAUUGGAAUUCCUGGACCACCUGGACCUCCUGGGCAAAUUAUUUACAGAUCAUCGGAUGGCAGAGAUAUCAUUGGUGGAACAAGAGAGGGUUCUAGAGACCUCAAAGGAGAGCCAGGAGAACAGGGUUACACAGGCCUGCCUGGCCUAAAAGGAGAGAAGGGAGAAUCGGGAAGUAUGCUGGGCCCUGAUGGUACACUACUCACUGGAGGAGCGAAGGGUGACAUGGGACCAAGGGGCCCUGUUGGACCUAUGGGACCACUGGGACCUGCUGGACAGAAAGGAGAAAUUGGAUUACCUGGAAGACCGGGUCGCCCUGGUGUGAACGGACUUAAGGGAGAGAAGGGAGAAUCUUCUGAUCCUACUGGCUUUGGAAUUAGGGGGCCACCAGGUCUUCCCGGCCCACCUGGUCCUCCGGGGCAAACAGUUUAUGGUGACUCAAGUUCUAUUGGGCCACAAGGCUAUCCAGGUCAGAAAGGCGAGAGAGGAAUUCCAGGAGGGAAAGGGGAUCAAGGAGACAUUGGCCCUCCUGGACCACCAGGAACAUUCCCAUAUGAUUUCAGUACCUUUGGAAGGGGUGAGAAAGGACAAAAAGGAGAAUCUGGAGUUGGUGAUGGUCGAGGAUCUCAAGGACCUCCUGGUAACCCCGGAUAUCCUGGACUGCCAGGUGCUAAAGGAGAGAGCAUUCAAGGUCCUCCCGGCCCACGUGGUCCACCAGGAGCUGCUGGUGUAGGAUAUGAAGGAAGACAAGGACCACCUGGGCCACCAGGACCUCCAGGUUCCCCUGGACAACAAUCAUACCCUGGACCUGGACCCAAUAGACCAGUUUUAAGCAUUCCAGGACCACCAGGACCCCCUGGGCCACCUGGAACCCCAGGAGGAUCAGGAGGAUAUUCCACGGCCACUGUACUCCAGACUUAUCAGACAAUGCUUAAUGUGGGGCCGUCAUUGUCAGAAGGAACCAUUGUACUAGUGCUGGAACAAGCAGAGUUAUAUGUACGAGUCAGAGAUGGCUUCAGAAAGAUUCUUCUUGGAGACUAUGUAACCGGUAAUAAUCAGGGUAAUGAAAUUGCUGCAAAGCAACCUCCUGUGGUCAUUUAUCCUGGUAGCAGAGACUCCGGAUCCUAUCAGUCUACAGAUAUCAAUGUUCCUCCCAGGAAUGAAGCACCACCUCCAGUUAAUCCACAAGCUAUUCCACAGCCACCACCUCAAGUCUUCCCCAGGCCAGUGGAGCCAGAGGGUAAUGUGCCUAUACACACACAUGCAGAAUACCAGGCAGCACUACACCUUGUGGCUCUGAAUGCACCCCUAACUGGCAGCAUGCGUUCCAUACGUGGCGUGGACUUCCAAUGCUUUGAACAAGCCCGCAAAGCUGGACUUCAUGGCACAUUCCGAGCAUUCCUUUCCUCACGUCUUCAGGAUCUGUACAGUAUUGUCCGCAAAGCUGACAGGCUGUCUGUGCCAAUUGUUAAUCUCAGGGAUGAAAACCUGUUUGAGAACUGGGAGGCCCUUUUCUCUGGCUCAGAGGGACAGAUGCGUCCUGGAGCUCGCAUUUACUCAUUUGACGGAAGGGAUGUGGCAAGAGAUUCUACUUGGUCACAGAAGAUGAUCUGGCAUGGAUCUGAUGCCAAGGGUCGACGUCUAACGGAGAGCUACUGCGAGACCUGGCGCACAGAUGAAGGCAUAGUCACUGGCCAGGCUUCAUCUCUCAGCAGCGGGAAACUUCUAGAGCAGCGUCCUCAGAGCUGCAAUAAGAACUUCAUUGUCCUGUGCAUUGAAAACAGCUUCAUGCCUGGCGGCCAGAAGUAGGUGCACACUGAGCAGUCGGAGUGGUGCUGAUGCUGGCAGAGGCUGCACGUGGACUUCCUGAGAUUCCUUCUUGCGUCCAGAGACCAAAGAGUGUUUGAAGCUGCUCUUCUUGGAACAUUUAUGUGCAGCGUUACUGUCCCCUGGCUUCAUGAGGCCACAUCACCAGGAUACACUGUCUGAGCUAUUCCCUGCCUCAGCUUGACAACAGAACUUUUUUUU